UUUUUGAAACUGACAAAAUCACAGCCAAGCAUUUGCUUCUGUGUCUUGUUUCCCACUUCCACGCUUGAGACUUUAACCAGGACGGCACUAUGUCUUACCCUUAUUCCAGAACCCCAAGUGUUUAUGGAGGAGCCGGUGGUCGAGGAACCCGGAUCUCUGCAUCACCUUCUUCACCAAGGGGCUUCAACCUAGCUGAUGGUUUAGACCCGUCCACUGAUGAGAAGGGCACCAUGCAGAAUCUGAAUAACCGCCUGGCGUCCUACCUAGAGAAAGUGCGUUCACUGGAGAAGGCCAACGCUGAGCUGGAGCAGAAGAUCAGAGAGCGGUGUGAAAAUCGCCCUGAUGUCACAUUCGACCACACCAUCUUCCUGGACCCCAUCAAGGACCUGAAGAACAAAAUUCAGUUAGCUUCCCAGGAAAAUGCCACAUUAAUCCUGGCUGCGGAUAAUGCCAAACUGGCAGCUGAUGACUUUAAGCUAAAGUAUGAGAAUGAGCUGGCCAUGCGUCGGGCCAUUGAAGCCGACACCGCCAAUCUGAGGAAACUUCUGGAUGAGUUUAUCUUGAGACGGUCGGAUCUGGAGAUAGAGACUGAGGCUCUGAACGAAGAGCUCAUCAUACUGAAGAGAAACCACGAGGAGGUACGAUAUAUGACACAUAUUUCCCAUCCUUGUCUUUCUGAACAGUCUUCGGUGUGGUUAUAUGCCCAUUCUGUCUCAUUAAAAAAUAAGUGAGUUAAAAAUAAACAG